AUCGCGAACUCGGAGCGGCAUGCAAUGCCUGUGGAACAGUUUGAAUCUCCCUGUGAUAGGACGGCGAAGACAUAAUUGUCCAUCGAAUCAUGGCCUGCCGACACUUAUUUUUCAAAACAUGUGAUCAUCUACUUCUUGUGACAGUUGUCGCUCCUCUUGUGUCCAUGUACUGGUGCGGGAUGUUCUUCCUCGUCGACGAAUACGUCUUCCCUACGGACUACGUCUUCAGUAUUUGGUUCACGUGCGUUGUAGGAUUCGGCGCGGUUUUGAUCUGUCACAUAGAGCACGAAAAGUUGACCGAACUCGCUCACACGAACGAUGUCGUCUACAACCCGCUGGCUCGGCUUUACUCGAUCUUGCUCAUAAUCAUCAUCGUCUUCCAAUGGAGAGGUUUCUGGUACAUCUUGGAAUACUAUCUGCCGUCUGGAGUCCUUUCCGCAGCUAUCAGCAUUGCGGUCGGUUUCCUACUGCUUUCCGCGAGCGGGUGCUGUAAAAGCAUCACUGGAGUGGUGCCCUUCGUCCUGACGGCGGACGACAAAACGAAUUAUUUCGUGGCCUUAUCGAAAUUUUCUCAUGUGUCGCAGCGGAACAAGGCCUUCAGACUGAUAGAUCAUCUUUACUCAGUAUUUUUCAUUCACCCCGCUGUUAUCCUAUUGUGGCGAGGUUUGUGGCAUAUACAGGAUCAUGGAAUCCUUGUCGAUGACCAUGUCAUGUCGGGAAUCGUCUCAGUGAGUUGCGGAUCGGCGGCAGUUCUGAGUUUCUACAUCGCUCAGUUCCCGAUCAAUCGUUGCGUCAAGACUCUCAGCAAAAUCCCGCGGUUCCUGGUCGAGCAAACGUGGAAGCUCCUGGUGGUCUCAGCUGCCGUUUUCUAUUGGCGGGGAACAUGGGUUUUCUUCGAGAUGAUCUUCCAGAAGCAUGUCUUCACCAUGUGGUUUGUUACAAUCGUCUCGGCCUUCAUGCUCUGUGUGCUCAACGUGUGGAGCAUCGCGACACUACGAGGAGUUUGGGUCGACGAUCCGCUGGACUCGAGCGAAGACUCUAUCCUCUUUGACAUACACUACUUUCAAGACAUUGCGAGCGUUGUCAAAGACACGAAAAUUAUACCUGUCUACAACGAAAAAUACGUCGAAAACAUCGAAGCUCAUAAGGCUAAGUCAGAACGAAAACCGAUCCUUGACAAUGGUAAUGUCACGCCAAUAGAGAGAUCCGAUCUGACUAUAAUAUCCAUUGCCGAAUGGGAGAAAAUGCACGAGAGCGACUUGUAG